CAAUUCUUAAUCUUAGGUCUUCUGAUAUCUCUUUUGUUCGAGGCAUGGUUCACAAUCAGGCAAUACUUAUUGUGAAUAACAAACUCUAAUUUUGUGAGUGUUUUUUUAUGGGGCAGGGCAGCUCUAAUCGAAUUCUCCAAUCUCAUCUCUUUGAUUUGACUCCAGGUUAGUUGACUCCUGACUCUAAUUUGCUUUUGGAGAAGUCAUUAGCCUAGGGGCUCGCAUACUUUUUCCAACCUACACUAUGGAAUAUCGUAUUAAAUAUAAACAAGAAAAAAUGCAAUAAUUUGUGUGUCAUUAGUUUAAGCACAUUGAGUUUGUCUUUUGUUGUGACUUAGAUGAAGAUCAGAUCAAAUUUGAUGUACAAUUUAUGCAGAAACCCAGGUAAUUCCAAAUGUUUCACAUGCUUUUUAUUGCCACUGUACAUGCAAUGGCAGAAAUAGACAGGAUUCCAGGGUUGGGGUCAAUUCCAAUUUAAUUUGAAAUUCCAAUUCAAUUCUGGAAUGUAAGGAUGAAGUGGAGAAUUUACUUGGAAUUGAAUUGGAAUUGAAAAAGAACCAACCUUGGAAGGGAAUUAGAAUUUAAUUGGAAAAACCAUAUUUUAUGGAAUGGAAUUGGAAUUUCGACUGUCUGAAUUGGAAUUGAAGAAAAAAAACUUCCUUGGAAUGAAAUCUAGAUUUGUAAAACUUGAAUUGAUGCGUUUAAUAUUUUACCGUCCAGGCCCGGACUAUUCUACUCAUUCCAUUUCUGUCUCCCAUGCAGGAUCCCACAUACACGCCCACUGUUUCCAUGACAAUCGAUGUCAACAUAUGGGAACAUUUUGAUUUCGUCUACACAAGCCACUAAACAGCUGAUUUAUUUACUAGCUAGAAAAACACGUUUGAUGUUUACAAAUUAUCAACAAAUACGGAAGUGCCAUGAUGAUUGCCCACCCCGGCAGUGAAGUGAGGGUGUUAGUUCGAAGCCGACCGACUGCUAAUUUUGCUCAAGAGCUCAUUGAAUACCUACCAGACGGACAGACAGUGAGUGUCCACCAGAGGAAGGACUCCAGGAAGGGAGUGGUGAACAACCAGCUGAGCUCCUGGUCGUUCCGGCUGGACGGGGUGCUGCAUGAUGUGUCCCAGGAGGAGGUAUAUGGCCGCGUUGGGCGAGGGGUGGUGCUGGGAGCCCUGGAGGGGUACAACGGCACUGUGAUGUGUUUUGGGCAGACGGGGGCAGGAAAGACGUACACCAUGACUGGAGCCACAGAGAAUUACAAACAGAGAGGGAUCAUUCCUCGGGCCCUACAGGAGGUGUUCCAUGAGGUGGAGCAGCGUUCGGACCAUGCCUUCAGCGUCCACUUGUCCUUCCUGGAGAUCUACAAUGAGACUCUUGUGGAUCUGCUGGCGUCUGUACGGGGUUGCCCAGGGGUAGGGCCAGGGGGCAUGGCGGUGGUGGAGGAGGCAGGGGGAGGGGUAUCAGUCAGGGGGCUGUCCCUGCACCCCGUCCACAGCGAGGAGGUGGCCCUUAACCUGCUCUUUGAGGGAGAGAUGAAUCGCAUCAUCGGAGCUCAUGCCCUGAACAAGAACUCCUCCAGAUCUCACUGCAUUCUCACUGUCCACAUUGAGUCUCGCUCCCGUACUCUGUCCGAUGCAAAGUAUGUCACUUCCAAACUGAAUCUGGUGGACUUAGCCGGGUCAGAAAGGCUGGGCAAAACCGGAUCUGAGGGCCAGGUGCUGAAGGAGGCCAUGUACAUCAACAAGUCCCUGUCGUUCCUGGAGCAGGCCAUCCUGGCCCUGGCAGACCGACGCAGGGACCACGUCCCCUUCAGACAGACCAAACUCACCCACGCCCUCAAGGACUCAUUAGGUGGGAACUGCAACACAGUGCUGGUGGCCAACAUCUAUGGAGAGGCUUCUCAGAUAGAAGAGACACUGUCCACACUGCGCUUCGCCAGCAGGAUGAAGUGUGUGCAGAUGGACCCUGUUGUCAAUGAACACACCGACCCUGUGCUCCAGGUCAGGAAGCUGGAGAAGGAGAUCCAGCUGCUGAAACAGGAGCUCAGCAUUCACAACACACUGGCGAACCGCAUGGGCAUGUCCUACGACACGCUGUCAGAGACCCAGGUUGCAGAGAUCCAGAGUCAGGUGCGGAGGUAUCUGGAGGGCAGCCUGGACGAGAUCAAUAUUGUGAGCAUCAGGCAGAUCCAGGAAGUGUUUGCCCAGUUCAAGCAGGCCGUGCAGCAGCAGGAGCAGAAGGUAAAGGCCCAGCUGUGUCAGAACUACACCUUGGUGGAGAAAGCCCAGAGUACAGCUGGUUCCACUGCAGCCAAGUCACAGGGCUCCCAAGGCACGGUGGGAGUGGUGGAGGGCCAUGGGUUUGGGGUGGGGCUGGCAGUUCCAUCAGAUAGGCACAUUCGGCUCCUGUCUCCAGGCAGGACCAAAGCCAUUAAGACCAAAGAGCUAGCAAGCCAGGGGAGAAAGGAGGCUGUGGAAGGAAGGAGUCCUGGUCCAGGGAAGCAAGUGGAAUCUGUGAACCCGGUCCAGAGAGACCGUGAGGGUCGCGAGCAUGACCCCCAGAACCAGGAGCCUCAAGGACCACAGGAACCCCUUAGGACUGACUCCCCUCCCCCUAAGGCAGAGGCCUUUGAGGACUUCAAGGCAGAGCGGGGCAGCGAGAUCAACCGCAUCCUGAAGGAGAACAAGGUGGUGCUGCUGGAGCGUCGCGCCCGCCUCCGGGAGCUGACGGAGUGCGUGAACACGGCCAAGAGAGAGAUUGACAGCACAAGCACCGCCCUGCACCAGUGGAGAGACAAGAGACAGAGCCAGGGUCAGUUUGUAAGUGCGGAGGGGGUCCCAGUGCUGGAUGAGGCAGAGCUGUCUCUGACCCUGCGUCUGAGGGAGUUGAAGACUCAGUACCGACAGCAGUACGAGGAGCUGCGCGGCACCAAGGCAGAGGUCAGCUACUGCCAGCACCUAGUGGACCAGUGCAGGACGCGCCUACUGACCGAGUUUGAGAGCUGGUAUAAUGAGUCCUUCCUGCUUCCUGAGGAGGUGCAAGCCAUGCUGAGAUCUGGAGGACCCAUCAGGCCUGGACUGGUGCCUGUGUACAAGGCAUUGGCACUGGAGGAAGAUGAACAGGACCACUUUGAGCGUCUGCGCUAUGAGCUGGUGGCAGACAGUCCCAGUGCCAUCUCCUUCUACAAUGCUCAGAACAGGACUGUACAGAGGAGGAACUACAGCAAGGCCAUGUCUCAGACACCAGUCCAGAAGACUACACCAAGGGGCUCUGGGAGAAGCAAACUGCCUGCCAUUCUCUCUGUCAUCUGAAGGAGAACUGCUUGAUUCUAUCCAUUUCACCAAUAAUUAUUGCCUCGGAUUUGUCCUGAAUAAAGACACACUGGCGACC